AUGAAGGGGCGGCGGUGGCGCUGGCAGCACCGCCGCCUCGCCCUGCUGCUGGUGCUCUACACGCUGCUGCUGCUGCUCCUGGUGCCCUACGUGCAGGACUACGGGACCAGGCGGGGGCGCGGGGCGGAGGAGGCGCCGCUGCAGCCCCGCUGCCCCAGCCUGCAGGAGGUGCUGGGCGAGUGGGGCUGGGAGGAGGAGAAGGAGGAGGAGCAGCCGCCGGAGGGCGAGGCGGCCGGCGGCGGGAAGCGGCACAUCUACCUGCACGCCACCUGGCGCACGGGCUCCUCCUUCCUGGGGGAGCUGUUCAACCAGCACCCGGACGUCUUCUACCUGUACGAGCCCAUGUGGCACCUGUGGCAGGCCCUGUACCCGGCGGACGCGCUCAGCCUGCAGGGCGCCCUGCGCGACAUGCUCCGCUCACUCUUCCGCUGCGACUUCUCCGUGCUGCGCCUCUACGCCGCCCCGCCCGCGCCCCGGGACCCGCUGGCCCCGGGCGGCGGCGGCGGCAACCUCACCACGGCCGGCCUCUUCGGCUGGCGGACAAACAAAGUGAUCUGCUCGGCCCCGUUCUGCCCGGACGCCCCCCAGCCCCGCCACGAGAUCGGCCUGAUCGACGGCGCCGCCUGCGAGCGGAGCUGCCCGCCGCGGGGGCUGCGGGAGCUGGAGGCCGAGUGCCGCAAGUACCCGGUGGUGGUGAUCAAGGACGUGCGGCUGCUGGAGCUGGGCGCGCUGCUGCCGCUGCUGCGGGAGCCCGGCCUCAACCUGCGGGUCAUCCAGCUCUUCCGCGACCCCCGCGCCGUGCACAACUCCCGCCUCAAGGCCAAGCAGGCGCUGCUGCGGGAGAGCAUCCAGGUGCUGCGGAGCCGGCACCGCGCCGAGCCCCGGGGACUCCCCCACCGGCAGCUCCUGCCCGCGGCCGGGCUGGGCGGCGGCGGGAUCCGGGCGCAGCAGCAGCACCGGGCCGAGUUCUUCCUGAGCGGCGCGCUGGAGGUGAUCUGUCAGGCCUGGCUCCGCGACCUGCUCUUCUCCCGCCGCGCCCCGGCCUGGCUGCGCCGCCGCUACACCCAGCUGCGCUACGAGGACCUGGUGCUGGAGCCCCGCGCCCAGCUGCGCCGCCUGCUGCGCUUCGCCGGCCUGCCUGUCCCGCCCGCCAUGGAGAGCUUCGUGCUCAACAUGACCCGCGGCGCCGCCUACUCCUCCGACCGGCCCUUCCUCAUCUCCGCCCGGGACGCGCGGGAGGCCAUCCACGCCUGGAGGGAGCGGCUCAGCCAGGAGCAGGUGCGCCAGGUGGAGGCCGCCUGCGGCGAAGCCAUGAGCCUCUUGUCCUACCAGCCCAGUGCCGAGCCCGGCGGCGGAGCCCGGGAGGGGGACAGCAGGUAGCGGCCGCCUCCUGGACGGGACAUGCAGCUUGAAGUGCAGACAUUGGAAGGAUGCGUUACGGUAACAGCCAAGGACUGAAGAAAAAUUCAUCCCUGAAGAGACUACAUUCCACAUCCUUUCAGAACUUCAGUUUAUGCUAACAACUGUACAGUUUUGCAUAGCAGAACACAUUUUAAUCACCUAAAACAGGUGGACACAAUGACUUCAUUUCCAGUAAGGAUAUGACAGUGCAAUAUGGACAACUAUGAACCUCCAAUAUGGAGUGGUUUAUUUUACAGUUUGAAGCUGCCAGUCUGUGAUCAAUUGUAGGUGCUUUUUCUGGCAAUAAGGAGACUUAAAUUUUUAAAGUUACUGACAAUACUUGGACAAAUCAUCUACCAUUGCAAAAACUCAGUAUUUGCAAACGUAGUAUUUUACACUUCAGUAUUGUAGCAAAACUUUCACAGAUCUAGGUGGUGAGGUUUUUUUAAAGUGCUCUGCUUCCCCACCCUGUAACUGGGAAUUAUUUUAUCCUAAUACCAGGACUGUGUUUUUAGAGUUCUGAAUACAGUAAAUUAUAUAAUAAAUUGUGAAUUUGAUUAUACAAACUUUCCCUUGGGGGGAAAAAAACAGUUGAAGUGCUGCUUCCAUUUCUACUGCAGUGUGACCUAAUCCACAGAAAGCACAGUAACACCAAACCAUACUCUUACAAGAAACUGCACAGAAACCCCUGUUUGGGAGGGAGGGGAAAAAGUUCAGGGCUGAUAACUGGUGGCAGUUGGCAUAGCUGAAGUUCUGACCCCUUGGGUUGAGCUCUUACUGAAAUGCCAAGCUAAAAUCCACUUCAAGUUUGCCUAUAACUCAUACC